CGUGCGGGUUAGAUGUAUCGCUGUUUGCGCAAAAUUGGAACCGAAUGUUUACGCGAACGUGAAGUUUAUUAAGUUUAUGUUAAAACUGAAACUUUUAAGAACUGGCGUACUAGUUUAUGGACGUGAAUAGUGAAUAUUAACAUAAACGGAAUGGACAAAAAUAAUAUGAACCCUUCGUCUCCACCGAAGGCUAAAGUGAAAAAGGAGAAUGAAGAAGAAAUCAAGGAGUUUGCGGAAACAGCAAUGAAUGAACUGCUGGGAUGGUACGGGUACGAAAGACUGGAGCUGAGGCGGUGGGCAGCUUCCCGGGCGAGAGACGCAGGCAGUCCGGAACAGGCAGAGCAAAAGGGCAAAGAAGAAUGCUCGUGGUGCAAUAAAAGUGUUGCAAGCGAGAGCGGCGCCCUGCAGCAGGCGGGGGCGGUGUUCUGUGGCGAGUUAUGCUUCAGCCAGUCCCGCCGAGCCAACUUCAAGCGGGCGAAGACUUGCGACUGGUGCAGGCACGUGCGCCAUACAGUCGCCUAUGUCGACUUCCAGGACGGCGCCACACAACUGCAGUUCUGUUCCGACAAAUGCCUCAAUCAAUACAAGAUGCACAUCUUCUGCCGGGAGACGCAGGCACACCUCGAUCUCAACCCGCACCUGGUGAACGCCUCGUCAUCCUCCAGCCUCAUCACGCCCGAACUCUGGCUCAAAAACUGCAAGAGCAGAUCUUCAUCGCCGAAAUCAGAGCGCUCUGGAUCACCAAGUGUCGAAAAAACCCAAAAUGUUACGUCAGAAAAAUCAGACCCACCAUCUAACCAAAGAAAAUCACCACUGCCCUUAAUAACAAUAGCUCCUCCAGCCAAAUUGAUGAACCCGAAACCUCUGGAUGAGAGACCCGUACAGAAAUCUCCAGAAGCGAAGAAGGAUUCACGGAAUCUAAAAAUGAAUUUACGCAAACGUAGGACGUCUAAAUGUUCUGCAACGGUCACAUCUCAAAGUAUCAGACAAAAUUCGACGCCGAAAGCACAGGAAGUGAGAAUGUGCAGUCCUUCAAUAGACGGGUCGUCACCUUCAUCUACCGUUACUAUGGGAAAUAGCGCAAUACAUUCUCCACCUAAUCCAGUAAAUCAAAUACCCCCAUUUCCCAAUCCAAUGUUUGGAAUGCCACCACCAGGUUUCAUGGACAACCCUAACGGUCACAUAAACGACCACAGACACCCGAUGUUUGCACCGAGACUUGGCUUUAUGCCUCCACCUCCCGGAAUGAUGCACCAAGAAAGACCCAGAAUGUUCCCACCAAUGCACUUCCCACCACAAAUAAAUGCAAUAGGCCAAGCCCCGCCAGUGACAGUCCUUGUUCCAUAUCCUGUAAUUUUACCAAUACCUCUUCCCAUACCUAUUCCGAUUCCUUUAACUGCAUUCUUACAAGCCCACUGUGCGAAUAAAGUCAAAACUGAAGUAAGUAAUGACGAUACAGAAGGUCCGUUAGACUUUACAAUAAAUAGUGAUAAAAAGAAAAAUGGACAAGAGAGCGAGAAAAGCGAUGUUGUAGAAAUAAGCAAUGCAGAGGCUGCUGAUAAAAGCAAUCAAUAUGAUCCAGAUAAAGAAGUUAAUGAACGAAUAGAAGCCGAUAAAUCGACUACUGAACUCAGUCCGGAAGUUGGUAAUCCUGAACAGACUUUACCGAAAUUCAAAAUUACGAGAUUAGGAAAUAAAAUGGCUAAAAUUGUAACAAAACCCCGGGAACCUGCAGAGUCGUCGAGACCUUUAAGAAAACGACGAAGACUUGUUGAAGUUUCGACUGACGACGAUCCGAUGAUGUCUAAAACGAGAAAAAUUGUGCAGGUUUAAAACAUACAACAAACAUAAACAUAUAGGGACGUUAUAAAUUUGAUCUUAGCACCGAACCUUUGAUAAUCAUAAUCUGACUAGUUCCGCAUUAGUUGUUACAUACAGAAUUUAUUAUAGCCUCGAUCUAAUGACGUAUUUUAGCCAACCCAAUUCUACCGUUGAAAAUACAUCAUGACCUAAUGGAAGCUGCUUUGAAAAAGCGUUCGAUUUACGCUAAAUUUUUUUUAUUAUAUA